AUGAAGAUGGUAGGCGACGGCGGGCGCUCCACAAACUGGCGCGCCGGGAUCGUAGUGCACCUGUCGGAGUGUAAAGCCUCUGUGGCGGGCGAGGCCGGCGGCGGUAAACAAUCGCGGGCAGUCCACGGCCGGCCCCCGCGCGAGGCGCUCGCCACGACCGCGCUAAUGAUCCGGUGUACCGUACGCCGACAGGUGUUCAUGAGCAAAUUCUGCACCGCGAGUUCCCAAAACAAAAGGCCG